AUAUGCUCCCUCCACCGUGCCCCUCGUAAAGACCAGCCAUUUCCCAUGGAAUAUAUUUCCAAAUAAAAAAACAAUUAAUAGAUAAAGAAAAACCUCCCUCACACACCACCUCUUCUCUCAUUUUUCGCGGAUCCUUCUACUCUCAAGCCUUAUAAGUGUAUAUAACCACUCUUCACUCAGCCAUCUAACACCAAUUCCGAGCAUCUGUUGUUCCUUCUUCGUCCCUUACCUUUUGGUGUACUCAAAGGUAAUCAAACAUGGCCACCUGCGUCGAGAAUUGCCGAGCCAGAGCUCUCUUCUCCAAGUAUGUAAUCAACAUCCCCCAGCCUGAUGUCGCUAACCGUUCUAACUGCACCAUCCCUGCCAACGACUCCAGCGAUGCCGCCGGCGACGACGUUUGGGCAAGGAUCCAAGAAGAAGCCCGGUCGGACGUUGAAGAAGAGCCAGUCCUCCAGAAUUACUAUGUUGAUCUCAUCCUCUCCCACAAUUCCCUCGAGUCUGCCCUCGCAGCGCAUCUUGCUAACAGGCUAAGUCUUUCAAAUCUCAUGCCGACCAACAGUCUCCAAGAAUUGCUCUUGAGCAUCUUUUCCAAGGAUCCCGAGAUCGGCUGGUCGGUGAGGGCCGAUCUUCGGGCGGCGAGGGACCGGGAUCCGGCGUGCGCGAAGAUGGUUCACUGCUUUCUUUACUACAAAGGGUUCUUGGCGUUGCAGGCCCACCGGGUGGCGCACCGGCUGUGGGCGGAGGGGCGGGCGGCGGCGGCGCUGCUGCUGCAGAGCCGGACGUCGGAGGUGUUCGCCGUCGACAUCCACCCGGGGGCGAGGAUUGGGUCAGGUGUGCUGCUGGACCAUGCGACAGGGGUGGUCAUCGGCGAGACGGCGGUGGUCGGCGACGACGUGUCGAUCCUCCACGGCGUGACGCUGGGUGGCACCGGGAAGGAGAGAGGCGACCGGCAUCCGAAGAUCGGCGACGGGGUCUUGGUGGGUGCGGGGACGCAGAUACUGGGGAACGUGGAGGUCGGAGAGGGGGCGAAGAUCGGGGCGGGGUCGGUGGUGCUGCGGGCGGUGCCGGCGAGGACGACGGCGGUGGGGAACCCGGCGAGGCUGGUCGGUGGAAAAGAGAACCCGGUCCGUCUCGGGAGGAGGGCCUCUCUGACGAUGGACCACACCUCGUGGUCGGAUUACGUCAUAUAAGGAGCAGGUUUGUACACGGAGCCUGUAACGGGAUACAGGUUACAGGAUCUCAAUAUGUUUCAAGGGUUGUUUUAUUUUUGAAAAAGAAAUAUCCCCACUUCCUUAUCUUAUAAUCAGAGAAUUUGAUAUACCCUGAUUAAAAUCGAAAUAAUUAAAAUUAUGUGGCUAUUUGUGACGACGAUGUCUUGAACUCAUAGUUUGUGCGUUCCAAGUGCAUGCUCCGUUAAUGGGUUCCACCGGUUUUAGUGGUUUGGAAUUUUUGCAUUGCAUGCUGAUGGAGUGGACUAUCAAUGGCAUAUCCUUUGGGGAUAUGCUUUUAUUUUUAUUUUUAUUUUUUUGUUAUAGAGGGGGCCGUAACUCCCAAGAAGAAAAACAAACAGUAAACUAAGGAUGUAGGAAGAACAAAUCUACCAUGUCGACAAGAGCCGCCAUAUGGGCAAAGGGAGGAAAUAGAGACAAGAAAUGAAACACCAUUCUAGUGGACGUCGCAGCAAGUAGAUCAAUUGGUUGAUCGGCUUCUCUGAAAGCAUAGACGACCUUGACGUAGUCCAUCAUCGAAAAGCAUUUCGCAGUGUCUUCAAACGACGGAUAGAAGAACCUCAUGGGAAAAGGUUGAAUCAGGGUGCUCUUCAGGUGGUGUGGGGAUUGUAUUUUUUUUUUAUGUGAGAAAAUGAUUUAUUUAUUUAUUUAUUUUUCCGAUA